GCUGUUUCUCCUUGGUUCCCUUCCUUCUCGCUUUUCCUGUUUCGCAAACGCGCGUUUGGCUCGCCCACGCAGCGAGAACGCCACAAAAAAACACGGGAUCUCGAGACUAGCGGAACACUCGCACACAACGCAGCAUGGAGUCCCAACCUAGCGAUGGCGAUGGCGAGCCCAUCACCAAGCCAAGCGCUGCCCGCUUGACCUUGGUGAUGGUUGGCAUCUGCGUCGCCGUCUUCCUGACCGGCAUGGACCAAACCAUCCUCGCCACGGCCGUCCCGGUCAUCAGCAACCAGUUCAACACGUCCGAGGACUUCGGCUGGUGGUCGAACGCGUACUUCCUCACCCUGAGCAGCUUCCAGCUGUUCUACGGCAAGCUGUACUCGCUCUUCCCCAUCAAGAUCGUCUACCUCGUCGCCAUCAUCAUCUUCGAGAUCGGAUCCCUGGUCUGCACCACGGCGCCCAACUCGGUCGCGCUCAUCAUCGGCCGAGCGCUGGCCGGUCUGGGUGCCGCCGGCAUCUUCUCGGGCAGUGUCCUCAUUCUGUCCAAGUUAGUUCCGCUUGCCCAACGCGCUGCCUAUCUAGGGAUCAUGUCGGCAUUCUUUGGACUCGCAGCCAUUGUCGGGCCGUUCCUCGGCGCAGGCUUGAUUCAGUCUUCCACAUGGAGAUGGUGCUUCGGGAUCAACCUCCCGCUUGGCGCGGUCACCGUCGUGCUGUGCUCCAUCUUCGUGCGAACCCCCUGGGAUUCCCGCGAUCUCACCCUCUCUGCGCGUCUGCAACAGCUCGACCUUCCCGGGACUGUGUGCAUGGUGGCAUCCGUCAUCUGUCUGCUGCUGGCUUUGCAAUGGGGCGGCUCUGUGUAUCCGUGGGACAACGGGCGGAUCAUCGCGCUCUUCGUCGUCUCCGGUGUCCUGGCCAUCUCCUUCCUCGUCAUCCAGAAGGUGAUGGCGACUUCGACAACCAUCCCGCGCACUCUGGCCCGCAACCGCGACAUAUGGCUCGCGGCUGUCUAUUCCAUGUGCAUCACCGGGGCCGUGUACGUCUCCAUCCUGUACCUGCCCGUCUGGUUUCAAGACAUCCGUGGGCAGUCGCCGCUCUCGUCAGGAGCGCUUCUUACGCCCUUGAUUGCUGGCUAUGUCGUUUCUUCGAUUGUAGCCGGCGGGCUUACAAGCGGCGUGGGGUACUACAACCCCGCCAUCCUGCUCGGUACUGCGCUCACCGUCGCUGGAUCCGCGCUGCUUACUACCAUCAAUCUCAACUCAUCCACCGCCCGCAUCGUCGGCUACCAGCUGCUCUACGGCUUCGGCGUCGGCAUGGGGUUCGGCCAGCCCAGCUACGUGGUGCAGACGCUGCUGCCGGUGUCGGACGUGCCCAUCGGCGUCACGUUCAUCACGCUGGUGCAGAACCUGAGCGCGUCCAUCUUUGUGGCUGUGGCCCAGGCCAUCUUCCAGGGCGAGAUGCGCCGCCGGCUCGCCCCGCUCGUGCCGCCCGAGGACGCGUCGGCCAUCCUGGGCUCGGGCCUCAUGCAGAUUCUGGACUCGCUCUCGCAGGAGAGCCGCGACGAGGCGCUCCGCGCCAUCAGCGCGUCCAUCGUCAUGACCUUCUACGUCACGCUGGCGCUCAGCGCCGCCUCCAUCGUCGGCGCCGGCAUCAGGUGGGGGUCUAUGAAAAAGGGCAACCCGAAGGAGAGCCCGUCCACGGAGACUACGGAUGGCGAGGUCAAGGUGCAGCCGACGGAGUCGGUGACGGUGGCGGGUCAAGAUCAGGCGGCUGCUGCGGAUGAGGCGGCCAAGGGAGAAAAGCAGUAAUGUACCUAGCCUUCCCCGCUUCUCCUUUUUUCAACUCUUCUUCGUCUCCGUUUUAUGUGGCAUUCUCUCAAUAGACAAGGAAAAGAUGUGGUUAUUUGUGAAAUCCGAACGGCGCAUGCAUAGGCGCUUGUGUGCAGCUGGAAGACGAAGAGCUCUAUCCAAUAAGAAGACCUUAACCACCGGGAAACAAACCAGAAACUUGCGUUUCUCGCCCAGGCUAACUG